AUGGAGGAAUCGGCUGAGAAGAACGAGGCGGAAGUGCUGAUGGCCAACGGCACCGAUCAGCGGGAACGGAGCAGAGUCCGCCGGAGGUUGGUCCAGUCAACUUUGUUUCCUCACAAAUCUCCAGAAAUUGAACCGAAGAUCGAGGAGAUGGCUAAUGCAGGUUCAGAAAUUGAACCAAAGAUUGACGAGAAAGCUAAUGAAGGUGAGGAUGAUAAUAAUGACCUUGAAGAUGAAGAGCUCUACGGUAGUCAAAGCAAGAAGAGGGGAAGAAAACGGAAAGGGAAAGGGAAAGUAACUCCUCAGAAUCGAGCUUCUAAAAAGGCAAAUGAUAAAUCGCCCAUGAAAACUACACCAAAGAAGAAUGGGACGAAUAAUGUGAUGAGGAGUGACGAUGCAUCACCGCCUCCAAUCCCUAAUUUGAGACUGGAGGCAAAGUUGACUGCUGAGGAAAAUUCCCGGAUGUUUGCAGGGAAACAAAUUCAUCCAUUUUUCACAUCACGAAAAGUGGGGAAGAGGAGCCAGGAGACUGCUGAAGCAGGGAGCAAUAAUUGCUUGCUUAACAUAAGCAAUAAAGGCAUUGAUAUUGGUCCUAUUCAUGUAUAUGAAAGAAGUCAUUGGGAGAAGGAGGACGAGAGACAGAAGAGGAAGGGCGAGAGAUCGAAGAUGAAUUGGGGGAAAGAGAGAUAUGGGUUAGGGAUUGAGACUGAAUUGAGGAUUACUUACCUGAUGAGUGGGCACUUUCAACAAGUUUCGAUUUCAGUUGACUUGUUAAUGGUUGAUCCUACCUUAGCAGAUGGUGUUAAGUGCUCAAAUGUAAAGAGUAGGGUAAUACAGAAAUGGCUUCCUCCUCCUGCGGAUUUUUACAAUUUCAAUGUUGAUGGUGCUGUCACAAAUGAUGGGUUGGCUGGUGGCAUUAAGGGAAUUCUUAAAGAUUCAAAUGGUUCCACUUUAACUUCGUUUUCAGAAAGUGUUAAAUUUGGUCCUCCUCCACUGGCAGAAUUGAAGGCAAUUAGGAAAGCAACUGAAAUUUUCUUUUUCUCGGUUUGGUCUAAUAAAGGGAGAUUGAUUCUAGAAACUGAUUGCAAAACAGUUGUUGAUUAG